UUUGAUCAGCAAAUUUGGGUCAAAUAUUGCAACUUAUUGUGCAACAUUUUUUUUUUUUUGGGUGGUUUUGGGUAAAUGUUGUAGGCAUCUCGUUUGCCACUUUUAUAGGUAACUCUUUCUUUGCAAAUAAGCAAUCAACAAAAAACUAAAUUCAAACAGACAUAUCAGGAGCACGCCUUGGUGAAAACUGAAAAUCUCAUUUGCAAGUGCAUUUUCUAGUGUAAGCGUGAAGACUUGGCCAAAGGAAGCAAAACUUUCUCUCAUUAUUAAGCUAGCUCAGCUCAUCGGGCACACAUGAUCAGGGCCAUGGUACAUCAGGUACGAGAGGUUUUCAUUUAUUUGUUUUUAGCGGUGUUCUACAAGGCAACUGGUACUGUAAAGCCUUAUUGGAGACCAGGAAGCAACUUGAGUCCUGAUAAUGAUCGUGCCUAUUGCUUAAGCUGGAGGUUGGGUGUAGAGACCAACAAUGUGCGUGCAUGGCGUACCGUCCCAUCUGAGUGCAAGGAGUACAUUGAAAAUUACAUGACUCGUGGACAAUAUUACCAUGACCUCAACUUCAUUACCAACCAAAUUUCAAGUUAUGCAGAUGAGAUUGCUCUUUCUAACGAUGGCAUGGACGCCUGGAUUUUGGACAUUGAUGAUACAUGCAUAUCCAACAUCAUUUAUUACCGAGGAAAGAGAUAUGGGUGCGACCCAUAUGACCCGCUAGGGUUUAAGGCGUGGGCAAUGAAAGGAGAGUGUCCAGCCGUUCCUUUCAUGCUUGGGUUGUUUGACAGAUUGGUUCAAAGUGGAUUCAAGGUGAUCUUGCUCACGGGAAGAGAUGAAGAGACCCUCGGCCAAGCCACAACUGAUAACUUGCUUAGCCAAGGAUUUAUUGGUUAUGAACGUAUCAUUUUCAGGACCACGGCUUAUAAAGGGCAAAAGGCAGUGACUUUCAAGUCUGAAAUUCGGAAGCAGCUUGUAGAAGAAGGUUACAGAAUAUGGGGAAAUGUUGGAGAUCAGUGGAGCGAUCUUCAAGGAGAAUUUACGGGCAAUCGGACCUUUAAGCUUCCUAAUCCUAUGUAUUUUGUUCCUUGAAAUUGUAAAACCUUUGUAUUUGGAAUAUUGUAUAUCCAAUUACAAUCACCAGUGUUCCUUUUAAGUUUUAUCAAUAACUUGUCACAAAUAAGUCACGCAAUGUGUGAGAAUAAAUAAUUAUUUCGUAUGUUCAAUUAA